AUGACGAUUAUUUUGCACGACAUGCAACGUAUAUUAGGCAUUGGUAUAGAAGGUUCACUCCCGGCUGAACCUGGUGACGGAGAGUGGAAGCUCGCGCUGACUGGUCUGUUUGGGGAGCCCAUGUCGGAGCUACGAAGGAAGGGGUACUUCACCAGCGGUUGCAUCAACGUUGGUGAAGUUAUGCAGAUGUGCCAUCGGUCCCAGGCUUUGGAGAUGCAGUGUAUAACCUAUUACAUGGCUAUUGUUGGCUCUACACUGCUGGCGGAUAAGACCAGAACUGGGAUGCGGCCUCACCCUAUACUAACUGUCAAUGCCGAUCAGGAUGAGAUCGCUUGGGGUGCAGUGACGCUGGCAUACUUAUAUCGGCAACUGGGAAUGGCGUCUAAGGCUGGUUGUAAGACAAUUUUUGGUUGUCUCACAUUGCUGCAGACAUGGAUCUUUGAGUACUUUCCGGCCUUCCGCCCCCAUCCUCGUCAAGUUGAUGUGCCUAAUAAGACCAAGGUGGAGAUGUGGUCCACGCCGAAGCCAGGUCGUGAGCUCAGCAGGCUGAGAGACUGUAGGAGUAUAUUGGACUCCAUGAAGGAAACUCAAGUGGAAUGGAUUCCAUACAUUACUUCUCCCAGGGUAUUGUUAAAUGAGCACCCACGCACCGCCUAUAUCGAGGGUAUCACUUGUUUUGAUAUCAUCGAGGUGUAUUUGCCUGAGAGGACAGUGAGGCAGUUGGGUUUUGAACAGGCUAUUCCCCCCGCUCCUAUGAGGCCUAUCCACGCUCUGCGACCGGCACAGGGUACCUAUUCCAUGACCUUUGCGUCUCCACCUAUUUACAAGGAGACAUGGAGUAGGUUCCCCAAUUGUGCCCGUGUUGGUGAUCAGUUUGCAAAUGAAUUUCCGAGUCGAAUCGCGCCAUUACUGAGGAUGCCUGUUGUCGUGGAUAUGAGCCCCCGGGAAAGACAGGCUGCCGAUCUAUACAUUGAUGAAGUUAGAGAGUUAUUUGCCGAUUGGCAAGCUUCUAAAGGGCAAGACCCUUCAUAG